AUUACAAAACAAAAAAAAAAAAAUCAAACCCUGAGGUUUUAGGCUUCUGGGUUAUUGGUAAAGACCAACGGAACAUGGCGGCUAGUUGUGGAAGAAGAACCCUACAGUUCUAUUGUGCUUCAGCCAAGACCAUUUUGACCCAUUCAACAUCGUCAAGAGCUGCCAAUAAUAAGCUGGCUGCCGUUUUCUCUCCCAAGCCAAUGUCUGCAUCUCGAUUAUCUCUCCGCAAUCUCACUUCUUCCAGGCUCCCAGUGGAAUUGGCUGCUGCAGUAACUUUGAUCCCGUUGCAUAGUGUUACAGCUUCUGCCUUGUUCACUUCAUUGCUGUCUUUGCAUAAUCAAAGCUGGGGGUGUCUGUCAGAAGGAUUUGCGACACCUCUAUAGCAAUGCCUCUAGUCCCAUAUUCUUGGUGCCGUGCAGACCUGCAGCUGCAGCAGGAGAUUUCGAUUCUCUGCUUGCUUGUUUCGUAUUGAGAUUGAACAUAAUAUUUAACUUUGAAUAGAGUCAUAUGUCAUCUCUUGCCACCUUGUUCUCUAAGAAGAUUUUUGGCCUAAUAUUGUUGUCACCUGAUUCUUCCUUGCAUAUCUUAAGAUAUUUAUAAUUUUGGGAAGAGAGAUUUAUUGAAUAGCUGUGCAAUUUGGAUUUUGUACUCGGGUUCAGUCAUGUUGUUCGUUUUACCUUAUGAAUGUGACAUGGUUGUUAUAUUCAGAAGUACCUAAUAUUAGGGUUGGAAUGAAAAUUUUGAAAUAAGUCUAAAAACUCUGGGCAUUUUAUUAAAUCUCUUUAGGAAAUAAGUCUAAUACGAUGUGUUGACUGGAGCAGGACACGCAUGGGGCGCUCCUGGCCCUCCAGUGUGACGGGGACAUCUCCAAUCGUGCUGCUCGUUCCGAAAGGAACAGGGCUUGCAGCACUAUUGGGCCCAAAGUUAAUUACCGAACAGGCUCUAAGACAUCUACUCCCGAAAUUUAUUACCAUAGUAUUAAGGUCGAAAGUGGUUUUUGCAUUUGAUUCAAUUUUAAUGUUACAAAUUUUUUUUAAAAAAGUGUUUUUGGGUUUAAAAGUC